AUGAUCACUAACGAGCAGUUUGAAGGGUUCCUGGAGGCCCUCCUCAUGGCUAAGUGGGAGCUAUUCAACUGGCUAUUGGCGGCCUUCUUUCUGUUUUUCAUGAUCAGUUGGGAACAAUUCAAAGGGCUUCUACUCUGCUUCUUUUUCAUGCUAAACUGGGAGAAGAUGAAGGGUUUCAUGGAGGCUUCUGUCAGGUGGCAUGGCCUUGUCGUACUCCAUUUCUAUUAUCUCAAAGAGCACAAGAAGAUCUAUGGAGCUCUCGUGGAGGAAAUGAAGAGAUUGAAGAACAACCAACACAUCAUUCACAGGCAUGCAGAUGAUAGAAGCAGGGGAGAAGAGAAAUGCCACAUACAGGACUGGCUAGACAAGGCAGAGGGCAUUGAGAGAGAUAUCGUUUCUAUUAAGAAGGAAAUUGAACAAAGGAAGAUGAACAUGAAUCCGUGGCUUGCUAAGCACUACCUGAGCUACAAGCUUGGGAAGAUGGCCCAAGAUAAGCUCAAUGAGAUGAUUGAGCACAAUGCUAAAAUCCCACUUGACCAAGAAGAGUUAAGCUCCUCUUGUAAUGGCAAUUUAUUAAUGGAGUUUCCUAUCACAGCCUCGGAGAAUGAAGUGUGUUCCCAUGAGAGAAUGCAAACAAUUCUCAAUUAUGUAGAAGAUGAUCAGAAUCCAAAAAUUGGCAUCUAUGGUAUGGGAGGAAUCGGGAAGACGACGCUUGUGCGUCAUGUUCACGAAAGAGUCCAGGGAUUUGAUCCCAUCAUCUUUGCUACGGUCUCCAAAGAACCCAAUCUCCAAGUUCUCCAAAGGAACAUUGCAACAGCGCUGGAUAUAUCACUGCCUGCAGAAUCAACAUCUGAAGAUAUUGCACUGAGAAUUUACAUUCAGCUUAAGCACAGAAAGUACUUGCUGAUCUUAGAUGAUGUGUGGGGAGAAUUGGACCUUACACAACUGGGAAUUCCUGAUCCAACGAACGGUAAUGGCUGCAAGAUCAUCUUGACAACCCGAUCUUUGCAUGUCUGCAACUCGAUGCAGACAGGUGUGCAGAUCAAAAUAGAGCCGAUGACCAAAUCUGAGGCAUGGGAUCUACUCCGGAAAAAGGCGGGAGAUGUCAUACUUAAGGACAGCAUACAACCAAUUGCUGAAGAAACCAUGGAAGAGUGUGGUGGACUGCCUCUUGCCAUCGUCACCCUUGGUGGAGCACUGAGAAACAAGAGCACUACAGGCCCUUGGAAUGAAGCCUUAAGGGAGCUGAGACUGUCAUCAGGAGAGACUGUAGGUAUGGAGCUUGCUGUCUUUCAAAGUUUAAAAUUUAGUUACGAUUACUUGAAAGGCGUUGAUCUGAAAAAGCUCUUCUUGUACUGUUGUUUGUUCCCCGAGGACUGCGACAUAGAUAUAAGAUCUCUUAAGGACAUCUGCUACUUCGAUAGAGUCCUCAAUUAUGUAAGCAGCCAUUUCCAAUCACACUCAAGGAUCGAUAAAAUCAUUGAGAAACUCAAAGAGUUAAGUUUGUUAGAGAGUGGAUUUGUAGAUAACUACUAUGUUAAAAUGCACGAUUUGGUGCGCGACAUGGCCUUAUGGAUCACAUCUGAAGGAGAAGGGCCCAGGUUUUAUGUGAAAGCAGGUGUUGGACUAACAGAGGUUCCAGAGGACGAAGUGGAUUGGGAGGAAGUUGAGAUCAUAUCACUGAUGAUGAAUGAUUUACAAACACUUCCAGACGAGCCAAAAGGCACAAAGGUUAGAAUGCUGUUGCUUGGCCAAAACAGUGGUUUAAGAAGCAUCCCAUUCAGCUUCUUUGUUCACAUGGAUGGAAUGCAGGUCCUUGAUCUUAGUGACACAGCAAUUUCAUCACUUCCUCCAUCAAUUUCCUUGCUGAAGAAACUGAAAGUCCUUCUGUUAACAAAUUGUGAACAUUUGGAGGAUGUGCAACCCUUGGCAGCCCUCACACAGCUUUUACAUCUAAAGCUUGAUGGAACAGCAAUAAAGGAGUUACCAGCAGCAAUGAAGGGGAUGAGAAGCUUGAGGCUUCUGUCGCUGCAUGGUACACGCCAUCUUAGUAAAAUUGCACAUAAUUUGUUGAGUGGAAUGAACAAUCUGCAGAAACUCGACAUGGGGAUGAGCUACAGGAGAUGGGUAGCAGUAGGAAGAUAUGCAGUUAGUUCAGGCGUUCAUUUGAGUGAGUUGCUAUGCAUGAAACAUUUGAGAUAUCUGGAGAUCACAAUAGAAAGCAACAUUGAGACUCUGGAAUGGAUGCUGAGAAGCAGAUUAACAAGAGUAUUAAAAGGACUGCACAUCAUCAGCUGUGAAGGCUUAGUUGAAAUACAGUCAUGCCACUUGAGCAGUUUGGCUUCCUUGAGCAUUCUUGGCAUUUCUUGUUGCUCCGAUUUGGAAAGGAUUGGAACAAUAGGUGACAAUGAGGAGCUACCAUUCACCGAUUUGGUGCACUUGGGAUUGAUUGAACUGCCAAAGUUGGAAAGCAUAUGGGAAGGUUUAGAGUCACCCAGGAGCUUCCAAAACUUAGAGGUUGUUGUAAUCGAUCGCUGUCAUUCAUUGAAGAGCUUCAUUUCACUUAACAGCGUGCUGCAACUAAAAAAACUCUGCUUUCUUACAAUCUCAAAUUGCACAGAGAUGGAGGAGAUAAUUGAUGCGGAAGUUGGUGAAGAGAACCCAUUGCCGAACCUGAAUGCAUUGCGGAUUCUGAAGCUUCCAAAGCUUACAAGAAUUUGCACAGCUUUUCUGACAUGGACUUCAUUGAAGCAUGUAGACGUGGAAGAGUGCCCACAGUUGAAGGCAGUUCCAUUUAACUCCCACAAUGCAAGGAGUCUGAAGAUUGCAGGAGAAAGAGGGUGGUGGGAAACGUUGCAAUGGGAAGAUGAGGAGACCAAGACCUCUGUGCAGAAGAAUUUCAUCCCCUCCGAUUGA